GGAACAUCCGUCGUGGUGUACUUCUGCUAUCAGAUGCGCGUCAGUCUGUCGUCACUCACGACUUGCGGAUCUUCGGUCUGUUCCGCCGGUGUCGGUGAGCGCGAGGCGGACGCGCCCUCGGGUUGAGAUCGACGCGGCUCAAUAACGCGCAGAGUAGUGCUUCUGUAGAUACAGCACGUGACGCGCGGACGAGCGGCGCGUCUGAGUAAGAUGAUCCGUGACAGUCACCAGAUCCGCUGCUCUGCCCGUUCAACAGCCGACUAACGUUAGCUGACAGCUACAGCUGGCACAGAUGAGCGGUUUAUAAAGUCAUGUAGUGUGUCUGUAGUCUUCGAGCAGUGAUACAGAUCAGAUCAGAUCAGAUCAGUCUGUGUGACCUGACGCGUUUCUCCAGUUUUGAGUGAAGAGCUGUCAUGUUCUCUGAGCCUACAGGCAUCUACACACAGUUGCAAAAUUGCCAUUGUUGAAGAAUAUGAAUCACCUGUGGGCAGUGCUACACGCAGAAGGAUGUGUUGGCUUCAUCCAGUCGUGAAAUGAAAGACUGUAAUGGACACGCUCCACAUCACACUCCAGAGACUUUGACCCUAAAAGUGCCUGAGACAGCUGUCUAUUGGAGUGCCACUUUACUUUCCCAAUUCUAUCAGUUUUCUUCCUAGACAAACACCAUUUUUAUUUGGUAAAAAUGGGCCCUUCUAUGUCUCCUUUCAAUAAUCUGCUAUGCAUGCUGUUGGGCAUCUCGUUCACCGUCUGGUUCACGCUGCUCUUGGUCUUCAUCAUCGUUCCUGCCAUCUUCGGGGUGUCCUUCGGGAUCCGCAGACUCUACAUGAAGACGCUGCUCAAGGUGUUCGAGUGGGCCACAGUGAGGAUGGAAAGAGGAGCCAAGGAGAAAAACCAUCUUUUGUACAGGCCUUGCAGUCUUAAUAGCAUUAUUGCUAAAGAACCUACAUCACUUGAAGACGAGCUCAAAGAGAUUCGGCGAAACUGCAGCAGCCCAGAGUUGGAAGGCUCCGCCUCCACCAGCACAGGCCCCUCCCCUUCCUCGUCAGAGUUUGAGAUGUCGGACACCUUCUACUUCUGCCGCCGUGGCAUUGAAAGCAUCGUAGAUGACGAGGUUACCAAGUGUUUCUCGGCAGAGGAGCUGGAGUCGUGGAACUUGCUGACCAGGAGCAACUAUAACUUCAACCACAUCAGCAGCAGACUGACGGUGCUGUGGGGUCUCGGGGUUGUCAUCCGUUAUGGGUUCCUGCUGCCCCUCAGGUUAACAUUAGCAAUCACAGGAGUGGGCCUAUUGGUCGUCUUAACUGCCAUGAUUGGUUUUCUGCCCAAUGGGAGGAUGAAGAAUUUUCUCAGUGAGAAGGUGCACCUGAUGUGUUAUCGUAUCUGUGUGAGAGCGCUGACUGCUAUCAUCACAUACCAUCACAGUGAAAACAAACCCAAGAAUGGAGGCAUCUGUGUCGCCAACCACACGUCACCCAUUGACGUCAUUAUACUAGCCAGUGACGGAUGCUAUGCAAUGGUGGGUCAGAUCCACGGGGGCCUGAUGGGGCUCAUUCAGAGAUCUAUGGUGAAAGCUUGUCCACACAUUUGGUUUGAGCGCUCGGAAGUCAAAGAUCGCCUUCUAGUGGCUAAAAGGUUGAGCGAUCAUGUAAAAGACAAAAGUAAACUGCCGAUCCUCAUAUUCCCUGAAGGUACCUGCAUUAAUAACACAUCAGUCAUGAUGUUCAAGAAAGGAAGCUUUGAAAUUGCCUCAACCGUUUACCCUGUCGCCAUAAAGUAUGACCCUCGGUUUGGGGAAGCCUUCUGGAACAGCAGUAAGUUUGGGAUGGUGAAUUAUCUGCUCAGGAUGAUGAGUAGCUGGGCCAUCGUGUGCAGCGUGUGGUACCUGCCUCCGAUGAACCGUCAGGAAGAUGAGGAUGCAAUGCAGUUUGCUAACAGAGUAAAAGCAGCCAUUGCCAGACAGGGUGGUCUGGUGGACCUGCUGUGGGAUGGUGGGUUGAAACGAGGGAAAGUGAAAGACAAUUUCAAAGAGGAGCAACAAAAACUCUACAGCAAGAUUUUGGUUGGAACGCAGGAGGUCCGCAGUCGCUCUUGAGGAGCGAAGACGAAUCAGGUGAGGACCUGGAGGACAAGAGAUGGUUCAGAGACCUGGACGACGACCUUACGGUUUUGUUUUACAUCCAAUAACAAGUACUGUCCUUGUUUAAUUGUUCGUCUUUGUGAAAAAGACCGAAAUGUGUCCAGUGUAAGGUCAGAUCGGGAUCAAAACACCAGGAGAUGUGUUUUGAUGUGUAAUGUUACCUGUACUGAAUUGAAUGUAGCGUGAUUCAGUCUAUAGUGGCCGGGUUACUCAUGAGGAGUCAUAAGGACUCAAUGCAGCAGUUUAAUGCUUUCUCUCUUUUAUUAUCAUUAACUCUUAACGUGUCAUAAGGACGUGGUGAACUAUUACAUUUGAUGGCCAUGUGGUUGAAGGAAUCGCCUCAUCAGGCUGCACCUAGGUGUCCGAGAGCAUUUCUAUCUCUCUGCUAUACUUCUGAAUCACUUUAAUCCUGGAUUUUAAAAGGAGAAAACCGGGGAAAUAUGCACGGAAAACCUGCUCUUUAUUUUAAAGACAUCAGGGGAAGCCUGACCUUUGCAGAUGAAAAAUCUGCAUUGACCUUUUAAAAUACCUCUGGAUAAACAAUCAAACCUGUGUGAACGGUUUGAGAAGAAUUACUUACAGUAUAUAUUGUUAGUUUUUUUUUUUCUCGUCCUGUGUGAAAGAUCCAGAAUUUUUCCUUUCAUAUCUGGGAUUUAAAUCAUGAGUCUUGACAUUGUCCAAGUGACGGCCAAUCGGAAACUAUGAGCUAUUCUUGAGGCACUGCACUCAUUCAGAUUAAACCCAGUGUUUGUGAUGUGUUAAACAACACUAUGCAGCAUGUACUGUAUAUAUGCAACCAGUGUUUCCUACAGGAGUUUUGUUUUUCUCACAGAUCAAUCAACCCUGAAACAUGUUAAACAUAUUUUCCCAACAAAUCAAUAAUUUUUUUUCAAUGUAUUAUUAUUAUUUUUUUAAAGUAAAAUAUGUUUUAUCACAACAAAACUCUCAAAUUCUGUUACGAAUGUAUGUCUUUAAAACACAGUUAUCAUUUCUGGGCUCCUUUUGAGUUCAUUGAGCGAGCGAGUAAUCAGAUUGGAUUGAAAAAGCUGUCUGAUGAUUUAUCAGUGUGAUUUUGUCUGUUCAGACCAAUGCAUAAAAAAAACUGCAGACAGGCUGAACGAACAUAAAAAUUCACUUGUGAUAUUUCUGACACAGAAUAUUAGUCUUUUUACUGAACUCAAAAAUGCCACGUCCUUGCAAAUGUAGCUUUAGUGCAACAACAUCCUGAAUAUCAGUGCAGGAAACACUGUACGCAACGAACUAUCUCUAAAACUAAAACAAUGAAGGGCUCAUAAUGAAGCGGAACGAAAAAGUUGUAUUUUUACAACAUGCUGUGUAAACAGAAAAUAUUUAAGCACUCUUACGUUUGAAUAAUAAUUACUUUGCGACUGCUAAAAAAGUCUGUUUAUCUUGUUCCUUUAUUCUGUUCAUAAGUCUAGUUUGUUUAAAAUGAAUGUAAUCCGGAUGUACUACAUACGUCAUGUUGUCGUUGUCAUGUGACUAAUAGAAGAAGUCAGUUGUGUUGCUUUGUGUGUCAUUCACAAACUCUCUCAUGGCAUCAUCCGCACACUUUUCUCCCACUUUUUCAUGAAUGCUGUGAAUUCGGACAUACUACUCAUAAUGUUUUCUUUGUGUACUAUAUGCAAAGAAUACUAUAUGGGAAAUGUGCAAUUACAGAUGCAUAAGCUCAAGGAGGCAUGUACUGUACAAUGGAGUUCCCCAGUGGCUUUUGAUUCAAGAAGAAAUUAUUAUACUUCGCCUCCAAAAUUGGAAUCGAAUUGGCUACAAGUGGUGUAUUACUUCACUAAUUACAACUUCAACUACAACUUACAACUGACAAGAGUCAGCUUGUAAUAAACAGAUGAAAUAUAAAUAAAGUGUAGACCUCAGCUGUGAUCUGAAAUAGCACUCUACCAUUUUAAACCAGUUAACGAGUGCAUAUAAAUGGCCCUGUGGAAACAUCGAGACAAGAUAGAUAUACAUGUUACGAGUCAGAAUGCAUGAUAUAAAGUUGCUCAGACCUGAUGUAGUUCUCAGCUUUAUGAGGGAUUUCACUGGAGAUCCUACUAGAGCUCAGUGUGGAGGGAGACAUUAGUUAUCUUUCCAUCUAAAGUUGACAAUUUAAUUUGUGCGCAAAAUUGGAAUAUCGCAUAAAACACUUGCGAAUUAAGCACCGUUUCCAUACAAUGAGCCAAAGACGACACAAUCUUCACUUAUACACUGCCACUAAAUAUCACUAAGUAAAGUAGGAGAAGCAUCUGAAUAUAAUCAUUUUCAUAUAUAAUAAAUUACUUUCGCCUUAGAGCGAGCUGAUUAAACUCUAUAAAUGCAGUCAUUGCUUUUGGAGGGGGUUGUGUAAGACAGGUCUGGAAGGCUGUUAUACAGAAAUUCUUAGAUGACCGGCUUUGCUCGAGCAUUUAAGAAAGAGCAAAACAAUAUUUCAGAUGCUGAGCAAUGCGAUCGCUCUGUUGGUUAGUCCAGGUAUUCCCUCACAUGAUGCACAUGGAAGAUUUUAUUCGAUAAAUGUGUUUCCAUCAUAGUUUAUGUGCAUUACGGAUAAAAAGGUUUGUCCAACACAAUUGUGCGCAUGCAUUUUUAGAAUUUAUGUGCACCUUCAUGUUUUCAUCUGGAGUUUUUUUUUUUGGCGAUAUUCCAAAAUGUGCAUAAUAAAGGUGAAUGGAAAUAGCUAUUGAUCAUGUAGGACUUACUCCAGUGCACUGACUUUGUGCUCUUUCUCCAGUGUUUUUUUACUUCAUCAUAAGUUCAGUGUCCUCCUGAGAUACAGCAGUUCAUUUGUAGAUGACAUGUAUUUAUAGUCAAGUCUAUACAUGUCCUCUUCAAAACUUUAAAAUUGACUUUUGCUUUUCAGAGAUACAAAACGUUAUUGUCAGUUUGCCCAUGAUAACUUCCUGCCAUUGUUUUAAAAAAAGCCUGACAUCACAAAAAUAUCUACUUCAGCAAAAUAAAUAUUGUAUUGAAAUUAUUUUGUAACUUCCACUAUUGUUAAGUAUGUCAUGCUCAUUAUAACUGUAUUUAUUUAAUCAAAAAAUAAAAUAAAAUGUAUUUAAUAUAAAAAAAUAAAAAAAUGUAUUCCUUUAAUGCUAAAGCUGUAUUUUCAGCAUCAUGCCUCCAGUCUUCACUGUCACGUGAUCCUUCAGAAAUCAUUCAGAUUUAUUUGAAAUAGAAAUAUUUUUUAAAACUAUUUCUAUUUUCUAUUUCUUAUAUGAAGUAACAUUUUAAAAUGUCUUCUACUUUUGAUCCAUUUAAUGCAUCCUUGCAUUCAAUACAAAUUGUUUAUGUGUACAUUAAUAUUACAUUUUUUAUGCAUUAUUUAAUUUGCUUCUCACCUGGUGGGGAGACUUAACAGGUGAAUUGAGUAAAACAAAUAAACAAAAAAAUAAUUAAUUAAUUAAAAUCAUAUGAAAUGGCGCUAAAUUUGCCAACGUUUCAUUGGUUUAACUUUGAUUUACAACUGAAAAUGUAAUUACAAGUUGCAAAAUGUGUUAAUAUAAACUUGCUUCUUGCCUUAAUUUUUGUCCACAACAAAAGACAUGCAUUAUGUGUGUGUGUGUGUUUUCAUUUCACGUCAUUGGAAAAUUAAAGACAUUACAAAAUCCUAAAUUAACAAAAAAGUCAUUUUGCUGGCUCUCAAGAGGAUACAACAUGUGUGUGCUACUGUGUCUUUGCUACACUAAAAGUAAAGGUUCUUUAAUGAAAUCACUGGUUCAACGAACCUUUAACAUCCAGUGAACCUUUCCAUUUCACAGAAGGUUCUUUAUGGUGGAAAAAGUUUCUUCAGAUUUUUUAAAUUGUCCUCACACGACAAAAACAAUGGUUCAUGUAAGACCUGUUCUCUGAAAGGUUCUUUGGGGAACAUGGAGUUGUUUUUUGUUGAUGGGAUGGGGUUUCCUCUGUAAUAACAAUGACUGCUGCUAUACUAUGAAACAGCACCUUGCUAAUACAACCUGUACAUCACUGACUGAUAUAUUAGUUACAAAUAUUCCAAUGUGAAACAAUCAUAUGUACAACUAUAUGCCAUAUAUGUAAAUAAAACAACUUCAACACAA